AUGUCAAUGGACCUGGACCCCGUUCCAGGUCUUCCUCUUCUCACAACUCUUUACUGUAAUUCAACAACUGUAAAGAAGAAGACUACAGUUAAGUGCGCCUUCCCCGAUGAGCUCUACACCAAAAAAGCGUUCUAUGGAGGCCCAUUUGGUGCUGGAAUCGGAGCGGUGGAAGUGGCGAUCAUCCUUGUUUUCAUGCUCCUUUGCUUCAAAAUGAAGUAUGACGUCACCAAAGUUUUCCUGACCGUUGUCUACAUUCCACUCGGACUUUCAUCUGUUUUCAAAGUGGCUCUGGCUGUCUACAGUACCUUUCUGGGUGCUUAUGGAUGGUGGUACAUGGUGUUUCUAAUGUUUUUCAACUGGCUUUACACCACUGCCGUUGUCUGUACAAGUAUCGGAUCUGUUGUUUUUCUAGCUGCUCUAAUGGUCAUUGCGAGAAAAAGACAAAACUUCAAUCCUCGUGAAUCAUGGGUCUCCUACACUGCUGUUCUCUUCUUCUCGGCUUUGAUCUCUGGCUCCUACCAUUUCAUCUCAUACCAAUGGAACCAACUCCCAGCCGCUUCUCUUUUCUUCGUCUACAUCAUCUGUACCAUUGGAAUUAUUGCUGAGCUUCUUGUGUGUCUUUGUGUCGGUUUUCUGUGUACAAAACCACCUACGGGUACAAAUGUUUCUGUUGUAACUGGUGAUCCGGUGGUUGAUGAUGCGAGAACUCGCCUCGGAUUCGGAGCAUUGGCUGUGGUUGUAAUGAACAUUCCACAGUGGUUUGAGAUCUAUGUCAAGAUUACUGAAUUGUUCACUCCAUUCCUCUGGGACUCGGAUGCUCAAAAGAAGAUCUACUACACCGCCCAAUCGAAACAACUUCUAACUUUUGACCUGAUCCGUCUCUUCCUCAGUCUCUUCAUGCUCAUCCCUCUGUUCAUCACCGCUUCCGGAAGAUUCGCCAUUAGCAUGUGGAUCACACGUAAACCACAUCCGACUGCAGCCAAGGCGACCGCCAACAAAGUCUUCGUUGCCACUCAGAAUCAGCCUCUGCUCAUGAAUACCGGAGAGAAGAAGUCACCGCCUCCACCAACUCCCCCCAACAGACCAAUUGAUCAUACUAUCCCAGCAGUUCCGAUCACUCAACAGCCAGCUCUUGUUCCAAUUCCCCAUCAAGUUCCAGUUCAUCAGCCUCAACAUCAUCAGCAUCCCCAGCAUCCUCAACAUCUUCAAGCUCCUGCACCACCCAUGUAUCCUGGAAUCGGAUUCGCUCCUGGAAUGCUUCAGUUGCCUCAAAACAUGCAAACUACAAUUGUCUAUACUCCAUCAAUGACCUAUGAUAAUGGAAACGGACAAAUGCAUGCAUGA